UUAGCUAGUUGAGAAAUUCUGUUAAGGUUUAUUGGACUAAAAAAUUAGUUAAAUGGCAGUUGAUCUUUGGCAGACAUGUUUGAUAACCUUUACCAGCUAACGGCAUCUUUUCAAGUAUGUGUCUGAAACCCAUUAGUUCCAGAUCUCGAACUCUUGGUGACCUCAGGCAAGUAAAACUUGGAGGUCUCAGGUGAGUCCUUAUGUAUUUUGGAAUAUGCGGUAUCUGUGAUACACAUAAGGUACCCACCUCUUAAUCUAGACAAAAGCCCUGUGAGGUUGGAAAUACUGUCCUGGUUUUACAGCGGAGCAGGCAGUGAGGACUGGUUGGAAUCCGAGCGUAGGUGGCUCCUCACACGUCUACCUCUACUUCCUGACUCACUUGGUGAGAGGUUUGUCCACGGCCUGAUGGUUUGCAGACCGUGCUGUAAGGCUCUGUACGGCCCUUUGCAAGUUUGGGGGGAAAAAUGAAUUGUUUUUCUUUGCUUCAGGCAUCAGUAAUCUCCUUGACUUGUUUAUACAUUUGGGUGCUGUCUUAAUUAUUUGGAGAGUUUUUCUGCCUAAAAUAUUUGAAGUCACCUGCCCUAGAAACCUGAGACCUGUCUAGAAUGAAUAUGUAUUAGAAAAUAAAAAUGUAGGUAAUAGUAAUUUAUAUUUGUCAGUAGACUGUUUUCAAUUAUAUUUCUAAUCCUAAUGAUGUUUUAUAUAGCCUAAUAGUAAAAUAAGGUGAGGUGGCUGAACACUUAAUUAAUAGCGUGGGAAGUGAUUCGAUUUAGAAUUUGCUGCUGGCAGUGGGUGAUCUACAGUCUCCUGCGCGGGGUUCAGACCCCACUGCCUCCCAGCUCUUGCUGCCUUUACAGGCUGCCUACGGGUGAUGUAAUGACAGGUUACACCUCAGCAUGCUCAUGGAGGCCCUGGGCUUUAUGGGGCAAGGGUGAUGCUUAUUUAAAAACAAAACAAGCAGCUCGCUUUAAUGAGGCCUUUGGCUUUCCCAGAGUGGGAAGAGAAGAUGGUCUCCGCGUGGAGGCUGAGGCCGGAGUUGCAUAUGGUUCUGUGUGUUUACUGCUCUCCCUGCAGUCUCUUGGAAGGGAGGGGAGUCUAGAAUGUGGUCCUGUCGGGUGGAAAUGGAGAAGUGAGAACUGAGGAACUAUGGUCGCUGCCGCCUGAGAUGAGCCGCCAGACGGCGACAGCAUUACCGACGGGGACGUCCAAGUGCACUCCGUCCCAGAGGGUGCCCGCCCUGACCGGCACGACUGCCUCCAACAAUGACUUGGCCAGUCUGUUUGAGUGUCCGGUCUGCUUUGACUAUGUGCUGCCACCCAUCCUUCAGUGCCAGAGUGGCCAUCUUGUUUGUAGCAACUGUCGCCCAAAGCUCACAUGCUGUCCAACCUGCCGGGGCCCGCUGGGAUCCAUUCGCAACUUGGCGAUGGAGAAAGUGGCCAAUUCCGUACUUUUCCCUUGUAAAUAUGCCUCUUCGGGAUGUGAAAUAACUCUGCCCCACACAGAAAAAGCAGACCACGAGGAGCUGUGUGAGUUCAGGCCUUACUCCUGCCCGUGCCCCGGUGCUUCCUGCAAGUGGCAAGGCUCCCUGGAUGCGGUCAUGCCCCACCUCAUGCACCAGCACAAGUCCAUCACAACCCUCCAGGGGGAGGACAUCGUUUUCCUGGCCACAGACAUCAACCUGCCGGGUGCUGUCGACUGGGUGAUGAUGCAGUCCUGCUUUGGCUUUCACUUCAUGUUAGUCCUGGAGAAACAGGAGAAAUAUGACGGUCACCAGCAGUUCUUUGCAAUCGUCCAGCUGAUAGGAACGCGCAAGCAAGCUGAAAAUUUUGCUUAUCGACUUGAGCUAAACGGUCACAGGCGCCGAUUGACUUGGGAGGCCACUCCUCGAUCUAUUCAUGAGGGAAUCGCGACGGCCAUUAUGAACAGCGACUGUCUAGUCUUUGACACCAGCAUUGCACAGCUUUUUGCAGAAAACGGCAACUUAGGCAUCAAUGUAACUAUUUCCAUGUGUUGAAAUGGCAAUCAAACAUUUUCUGGCCAGUGUUUAAAACUGCUGCAUUCAAUUUCACAGAGAAUAGGCACCCAUCUGCCUGCCAACGUGACUUUUGGUAGGUGGAAGCUAGACACAUGAAGGUAAAUAAAAAGGAAAGGCUGUUAAAUGCAGGAAACAGUUGCAUGUAGUAACACUAAUAUAUUUAAAAAUAAGUCAACAGUAAACCACUGAAGAAUAUAUAUAUAUAUAUAUACACCCAAGAUGGGAAUCUUUUGUAUUAAGAAAGGAAGCAUUGUAAAAUAAUUGAGUUUGUGUUUGUUGUAGAUGGAGUAUAAUGUUGACAAAUACCGGGUUUUUUGUUUUGCUUUUGAGUGCGUGUGUGAGUGCGCGUGCGUGCGUGCGUGUUUGGGUUUUUUUCUUUAACUGACAAGCCAUGUGGGG